AGCAGGAAGCAGCUGGCUGUGUUUGCAGCGUCCUUACAUCGUCUAAAACGGUGAAACAAAGAUGAGCUGAAAACAACUUUUUUCGAAGAUGAGUCGCAACAUUUUGCACCAUCUGAAGAAAAGCUGCUGCUCCUUGGCUGAGACAAGUUUGUAAAGUGUUAGAGCAGUACAGUUUACAGCUGUUUAAGAUGUCGGGUGGGAACCUGUUGAGCAAGAUGCGCUCCGCUUUAAAGAGGGAGCACAGUGACUUGGACAUGAGCGAUACUGCACCCUUUGACUUCUCAGAAGACCUGGCUGAAGAUGAAACACCCAAAUUCAACCAGCUGAAAGUGGUUGUGUCUGGAGAAAUGUCAGACUAUUCAGCUGGAGCUGCAUCCAACGGGGUGACGGUGAACACCAUGGUGGUCACGGAUGAGGAUGACUCUCUACUCAGUUCCUCUUCCAGCCUGGGCAGUCCAGAGUUAAAUAUGGACCCGUGUGACAGCUGCACUAAGAAGAGGGAGAAGAUCAAACAUAAGAGAGUAAUGAAGAGACUUGGAGUGGCUCUUUUGCUGUAUGUUCUUUUCAUGAUCGGGGAAAUUGUAGGUGGUUAUGUGUCCAACAGCUUAGCCAUUAUGACUGAUGCUGUUCACAUUCUAACAGACGUAGUGGGCAUUUUAUUUUCUCUGAUGGCCCUCUGGCUCUCCACGCGUCCAGCCACCAACAGAUUCACCUUUGGGCUGCAUCGCCUCGAAGUGGUAUCAGCAGUGCUUAGUGUGCUGCUGAUCUACAUUCUGGCGGCAAUACUGCUAUAUGAGGCAGUUCAGAGGACAAUACACCAAGACUUCAACAUAGAUGGUGACAUCAUGAUCAUCACUGCUGCAGUCGGGGUGGCUGUCAACCUUAUAAUGGGGUUCGUGUUAAACCAAAGUGGUCACCUGCAUUCCCACGGCCAUGGUCACUCUCACGGCUCUGCAGCUGCACCAGCCUACCAGUCAGGCCACCAGCAGAAGCCUCAUGGCAGCCUGGCUGUCAGGGCCGCCUUCAUCCACGCUCUGGGAGACCUCGUCCAGAGUGUUGGUGUGCUCAUAGCGGCUUACAUUGUUCGCUUCAAGCCAGAGUACAAGUUGGCCGACCCCAUCUGUACCUACAUCUUUUCCAUUCUUGUUCUCUUUACCACAUUCCGCAUCGUAAGAGACACAACAGUUAUUCUUUUGGAGGGUGUUCCCAGACACCUGGACAUGCAGCGAAUCAAAGAAGAUCUUCUGAAGCUGGAGGACGUCCAAUCAGUCGAUGAGCUGAAUGUAUGGGCGUUGACUGCUGAUAAGACUGCAGCAACAAUUCAUCUACAACUUGCUCCAUCUAGUGUUAACAGUUGGGAGGAUGUUCAGGUGCAGGCUCGUCAUUUGCUGCUUCACACCUACGGACUGAGCAGGUGUACGGUGCAGGUCCAGACAUACCGAGAGAGGCCGGCCCGCUUCUGUGCACAGUGCCAGCAGCCCAGCGCAUGAAGAUGGGCUCAUGUUGUACCUCUUCAAUAGAUUCUACAAAGAGCCCUGUAACAGCCUCAGGCAUCAACCACACGACAAGCGUCAUGCUCUCACUUAGGCGACCAUGUUAACAGAUUAAACCUUGCAGACAGGCAGCAUGAGGGACACACCCCAGCUGCAUGUGUUGCUUCACUGGAACCACUCCUCCCCCCCGGAGAAUAGACUCAGUGCCUGUUGUUUGCGCACGUGCUGCAGGCGGCACGCAGCUACAUGCACAGAAAGAUAAAUUGACAGGCUUUUUGACAUACCGGCAACAUUAAAUAAUUCUUUGACUCGGGAUCUGUAUUAUAAAAAUAAUCUAACAGGACGAAGUUGAUGUUACGUCUGCAUGUACUUAUUAUACCUAAUUAUAUUUAUGUUUGUAUAUUAAAAAGUGUGGCACAAGGUGCUUUCAGACAGGUGCUGUUCGGUGCACAGCUGUAGCUGCUGAGCCAGUUAAAAAAAGUGCACGCACACACUUGUGCAAAAGAAAAGUCCUAAUUGAAUGUGCACUGUAAACUGGUCACAUGACACCGUGUUUAAUAAGAAUCAUAAAUGAAAAAUGAUGUGGACAGAUUGAGUAGUAACCGCCCACAAAUGCAGCUGUCCAAUAUAAAUGCAGACACGUGUGGCCAUUGCACAGGUCUGAUGUAACGUGACCGUGCGUUUGCAGUGUGUUCCCAGGCGUCUGUCACAACAGGAGCCACGGGAUGUGGAGAGAUUUGUGCCAAAGGUGGCACAAAAGUCGAACACACACCCUUAAAGGAUCAGCAUGUCCUCACAGGCGUUUUAUCUAAGGCUUGAAAACCAGUGUUUGAAUGCUCUUACUUCACCAUUAAGGCCUGUUCUAGCAGUUAAAAACUUAUUUCUCUUUGUGAUUUUAGUUUGUCUAACCACAUGUGAUUACAUGUCAUUUUAUUUUGGUGCUCGCUGUGUGCACUGUUGCCUGCGAGUAGCCGGGCAAGCAUAGGUUUAACGGAGACGGUGACUGAGUGGGUCCCUAAAAAUUACAUUUUCAGCUCUGAAACUUUGGGUUCUGAUAGAUACACGGCAGGAUCAGUGAAGCUCACUGAUAAGGCCGCUGUUGUUCAUGUGUCAGUAUAUAGUUGUGUUCAAAAUAAUAGUGUGUUUACAAAAGUGAAUAAAGCUCAAAAUCCUUAUAAGAGCUUUUAUUUUCCACACACACAAAUGCAGUGGGAACACUGCACAUUCUAUUCCACAUCAGAAAGUGAAGAAAAGUUGAUCAAAUUCAUUACUUUCUAGAAAGGGAAGAAAAGGGAAUAUUAGGCUACUUGGAAAAAAAUAGUGUCUAUGUUUUUCUUGCUGUGUCCCUUAUUACACCCUUACAGGUGGCCUCUGAUUUAAGGAGGAAGGCAGCAAAUGUACCUGCUGGUUGUCGUGCAUUUCUCUCUGACAGUAUGAGUAAAAUGAGUCAGUCCAGACAUUGUUCAGAAGAACAG